AUUAAAUUACUUUAAUAAAUUUUAAUUAAUUUAGUACAAAUAACUUUUAAUAAAAAAAUUUUUAACCAACUUCACAUCAAACUGUCAAACCUAACCUAAUUCAAUUUAACCUCAAUAUAGCAUAUAAACUUUUAAUAAAUACUUCAAAUAACAUGAAUGCACUUAAAAGAACGCAGCAAUGGGCAACUUUCGCAAGAAUUUGGCAUAUUUAUGAUGCAUCUUGGCAAAAUCCUUUUCAAUCAGCUACUUUACUUAAAAAAUAUUUAAUGGGGCUCUACAAACCUAUUUAUCACCCAAUGAAUGAUUGUGGUGAUCAUGUAAUUGUAAUAAACAGUGCAAAUAUUGCAUUACCCGGCGAUGAGUGGAAAAAGAGGGUGUAUUUUCAUCAUACAGGGUAUCCUAGAGGUGCAUCUUGGACUUUAGCUUGGGAAUUACAUAGUAAAGAUCCCACAAUGGUUUUGAAGAAGGCUAUUUAUAAUAGUAUGGAUGGAAACUUACAAAGAAGAUAUACCAUGCAAAGGUUGCACAUAUUUCCAGAUGCUAAUGUACCACCUGAAAUGUUAGAAAAUGUUUCAAAUCAAAUUAGACAAAUUAGAGGUGUUCCAAAACGUCUUGAUCAUUAUGCAGAAGAGGAAGUGAAAGCUUUUCCAAAGAUUAUUGAUUAUCCUAAAGAUUAUGUACUGAAAUGAUUGUUUUAUAUUUUAAAUUAAAGUAGUGGUUAUGUUAA